AAGAGCGGAGGGAGGAAACAUGACUGAAACAGUUUGCCUUUUCUGAUUUGACAAUUGAGACCCUUGUUUGUUUCAAUUAUUGGAAAGCAGGUAGACUUGGGGCGUGUGUGUUUUUGCUUUUACAUUUGGACGGCCAGUGACAAAAAAAAAGACUGUUUUGAGCUCAGACUGUUCUUGGGGCACUGGCCUGCUGUAUCCAUGACUGAGUAAUGGUGUUUUAAUAAAAGGCGGGGAAGAGAGAGAAGCCUUUUGUUGAGUUUUGCUCGGAGAGGUCUAUGAAGGAGCUAAUGCAAUUUCCACCGAUCUUCACCUGCUCAGACUAAGCUGCAAAGUCAGCUCUGCCUAUUGACAAGCAGUCGGCGGGCUUUGACUGAUUCCUGCAGAUGGAUAUAGCCGCAAGGGUACAGCCUUCAUUCCGUUUCUAUCCCUUCUCCAGCUUCUCCCACUGUGGAAAACUUCACCGUGUGCCAACAUUCCCAGACAGGAAUAUGCCUGCAGAAAUACAGAAAGGAUUUGCAGCAACACUUGUUCUCUUAUGCUAAGAAGGUACGGCUAUAGAGAGCUGAUUUCCAAGCAUCAUCUUCACAAACCUCAGGUCCAUGUCUGGCAGUUGUGAGGAUCUACCAAAAAAUCCAAAGGACUUUUCAAACUUUCCAUACUGGUGAUGGCACAAGACCAAGAUGGACACAAACAACAAGGCAGUCAUGUGAUGCCAGCUGUAUCCCUCAGUGACAUGGAAUGUGACCACUUAGCUGCCUUAGCCACCCGACAAGUAAAGAUUAAACGAGACCCUGUCUACGGAUUUGGAUUUAUCGCUGGCGGUGAGAAACCUGUGAUAGUGCGAGCUGUGUCACCAGGCGGUCCAUCGGAGGGCAGACUCAUACCAGGCGAUCAGAUUCUAGCCAUAAAUGAUGAGGGCGUCAGCAGUGCCCCGAGGGAAAGAGUCAUAGACCUUGUAAGGAAUGGCAAGGAUUCCAUUAUUCUAACUGUCCUUCAGCCUCAUCAAUCUCCAAAAUCUGCCUUUAUUAGUGCAGCGAAGAAAGAACAGCUUCGGACGAAUCCUGUCAAAGUACGAUUUUCUGAAGAGGUCACGAUCAAUGGAAACGGUUCUGACCCUAUGAAAGAGGAAACUCUGAUGUUGAUCUCGAACAUAUUGAAUGUGUACCUGGAAAACGGUCAGAUGAAAUCGUUCACCUUUGACAGCAGAACAACCGUAAGGGACGUGAUUCUUACGCUGCAGGAUAAGCUGUGUCUCAGGUGCAUAGAACACUUUGCCCUAGUACUGGAGGUAGGCAAUGAAGGGCCAGAGAAGAAACUUCUUCUGCUUCAUGAGGCAGAGACUCUGAUACAGGUUGUGCAGCGCAGUCACUUUCACACCAUGAAAUGUAUCCUGAGAAUUACCUUCUUUCCAAAGGAUCCAGUGGACCUGUUGAGGAGAGAUCCUGUGGCAUUUGACUAUCUCUAUGCUCAGAGCUGCAGCGAUGUGAUGAAAGAACGAUUCAGUGGUGAUCUAUCAGAUGAUGUAAUGCUCCAACUGACUGCACUGCAUAUCUACAUCACCGUCUCCAAUGCAAGGACCAAUCAGAAAAUAAAUCUGCGAAAUGUUGAGAAGGAAUGGGGCCUAGAGAUGUUCUUACCAUCAUCUCUUCUGCUGUACAUAAAAGAAAAGCACAAACGGAAAAUCCUUGCGCAUCAUCUCAAAGCAACUCAAGCCCCAGGUCCUUCAGGCAAAAAGAUCUCUGCAACCCAAGCCAAACUGCAGUACCUACGAAUCCUGAAUGAACUCCCAUUGUAUCCAGGAGGACUCUUUAACUCUGUUGUACUGGAUGCAAAACAAUCAGAAAUGACGCUGUUAGUUGGUCCACAACACGGCAUCAGCCAUGUUAUAGACCUGAAAACGAAUCUCACCACCAUUCUGGCAGAAUUUGGUCGCGUGAGCCGUAUACAGUUGUUCAGAGAGAAAGAGAAUGUAGCUCGGGUUGAGCUAACCAUAUCAGAAGCUAAGCCUAUCGUGUUGCUGAUGGAAUCAACAGAAGCUGUAAACUUCGCUUGUUUGAUAGCCGGUUAUUACCGGUUAUUCAUUGAUGCAAAGAAGAUGAUAUUCUGUAGUGCCAAAGUUCAACCACAAGUGAAUAAGGCAGACCACAGAAAUAUACAAAACAUUCUGCAACCAGAAUGGGCUAUUUCGUCAUCAGGUCCUGUACUAAAAACCGAGGGAAGAGGUAUGAGUUGUCCUCACAAACUCUCACACAACAAUGAGUCUCAGACUCCAUGCAACCUGAUGGUAAGCACCCCAGAGUCCAAUCUGUUAAGAUUUCACAUUUUACAAAUGCAAGAAAAAAGAAAGGAACUUGAAAAUCAAAUUGAUAUUAAUGAAAACCUCAUCUUCUUUGAGGAGUCAAGACCAAGAACAAAGUCUGACCCUACACCGAAAACGUCAAAAACUGGACAAAGCAACUUUGACAAGAAUGGUUCUGGGUUGCAAGGAUUUCUGAGCAGGGGAAGAGCCAAUACAUUAGACAGCCAAAUGAAAAUGGCAAUUGCUUACACCACUGAUCACCAUAAUUGUAUGUGUCCGAAAAUCCCAAUGCAACUAUCCAAAGUGAAUAGUGCUAAGAUUGUUCCCAUAGUAAUCAAGGAAAAUGAUGACUUGCUUUGUGAUGCCUGUAAAGUCAAAAAGAAAAGCAAUGUUAUUCCCAAAGGAAACAGUACGGAGAAAUAUUUAAACUCUUGCAAUUAUCGGGAUGACAUUGUCGACCUGACAACUCUCCCUCUGCCUGGAAGCGAUGAGGAACAAGAAGGAGAUGAAUGCUGUUUUCUACUUCCUAUAUUGGCUGCUCCUCCACCAGGAUUCAGGGAUAAUAGUUCAGAUGAAGAUGAUUCUAAGCGAAGGACCGAUCAAAGUCUCACAUCUGGUCCACAGCCUUGUGAGAUACACUUCAAUGACAUUCCAGUGUCACUAAUUGAUGGUGUUCAAACAAGGACUGUCAGGCAUCGGGCCCAGGAACUGGAUGAUGCUCUGGUUUCUACACUACAAGCCCUGGAAGCUUUAGCUGCAGCUGAAGAGUGUCCUCAUAGUCAACCACAAGAAGGUUCAGGUUUGAUUGUAUUGGCAGCUAUGACCCCAGAAUCAUCACUGGAUUCUGGUCAUGAAACAAAUUCUUCAGAAAUGACAGACAUCUCUGAAAUGGUUUCAGCAAUUAAACAGCACCAUUUACUUACUUAUCAGGGGAACAGAACUGGUCUAAUUGUUAAAAAGGAUAUGCCCCUGACUGCUGUUAGAUGCUGUGCCCACCCUUCCUCCAGAGGAGUUCCUUGUCCAAAGAAACAUUGUGAAGGAACAAAUACUUUAAGUGCACCUGCUUUGACAAAACAGAGUCCCUUGCCUGGGUCCAUGCAGUUCAAACCUGGGCAAGUGACAGGAUAUUGUAAAGUUCACAUGAGACCUCAGGUAUUCACUCAUUGUAAUGAAAUCAUAAACAGGCCAGGUAAUGGUAUUUUGAAGACUAUUUUACAAAAGAACUGUCCUCAUUGUACAAAAAUAGUCGAAGAAAAGACGUCUAAACCACAAACCGUUCAAUCCAAGGAAGAUUCUUCCAAGAAACCAACUUGUCCUGAAGAGGUAACAAUUCAGAGUGCAGACAGAUCAUUUACUCAAGAAGAACAUGACCGAUCAUGUAUCAAAAAGUUGUUGAAUGGCAGAAACUCCGAUAAUAGUUCCAGAACCCAACAAGAAAAUUCAUUAAUUUAUGGUUCAACAGAUAACUCUCCUCCCACAAUUUCUGGGCAUUCAGAUAUCUGUGCUGAGUGUGAUUCUUUAAAAAAUGAGUAUUGGAAAUAUGAAAGAAGCAUGCAAAGCAACUCCAGACCAUGUGAAUGUCAUUUGCUGAAGGCUGCACAAAAGCAAAUAGAUUCUCAUGGCCACAGGACAACUGUCUUCCAUACUUGCACACCAAAGAACAAUGAAGUGACAUACAUGAAAGUAAACAAUAGGAAGUAUCAGCCAGCAACAGGUAAGGAAAUCUCAGCAUUAUUCAAUAAUAAUCUUAUAGAUUUGGUGGAUAUACCAGCUGGUCAAAUUAUUGAUCACGUGGAAACAGACAACGAAACUCAAUCCAAAAGAACCGGCUCCCCAAAUCAAGAAUAUUAUCUCAGUCCUUACAGGUGCCCUAUUGGCACAUCACGAUUAGAUAACAAUGCAGCACAGCAAGAUACAGUUGAAAAGGUGAAGCGUCAGGGUCACAUAUGUUCUUGUAAAACCAGCAUUAGCUCAGAAAAAACUACUAGCAUCCCAAUGUAUUCCAAGCCUUCCAGUCUGAGUGGUGUCACCUUGACACAUGUUACAUCAUCUCCAGAAAAUGUCUUUGAUGCUAAACAACACGCGUCACUUAUCCAUGAUAAAGCUAAGUCACAGAAAGGUUCCUUGCUGAAUUUUAAAAACCUUUUCUCAGCUACUUUCCCAGCACGAUAUAAGAAAGAGAGUGAUGAGAGACAGGAGCAACUACAAAAAGUGAAACAAUAUGAACUCGAGUUUCUUGAAGAAUUACUAAAGCCCAAAACCAAAGUUGAUGUAUUUGCAGAGGAUUACUUAUAUCGCGUAGCAUCUGGGCAUUGCCCUUGUCAAAUCAAAAGCAGUCCAGUAGGAAACAUUCCAGGACUGUCCCGAGAACAACGUCGUAGCUGUGACUGUAAACGUCGAGGAUUGGCUUGUAACUCAAUGUGUUUUCCAUCAAUUCCUAGCUCUUUAGAAUCACAAAGAUCAGAGACAGCCAAAGGGCCUUGUGUUCACAAGCAACCCAAAACCAGCGUUGACCCUGCUGCACCCGAUAUCAAUACCAAACAAAAGGCCAUUCGGCGGCGGACCUCAAGUUUGGAGUCCAGUGACUAUAAAGCUGAACAGCAGCCUGGUGUAUUUUGCAUGAUAGCGCAAGGUGAGUGCCUGAAAAUGCCCCAAGGCAGGAAACUGGAGCGGCACCACAGUGUCACCAACAUAAUCUCUGAGGCAGAAGUAAGUGAAAUAAUACCAGAAUGUUCAGAAAACGGCACAAAUAUGGCGAUAUCUGAGACAGAAAAAUCCAAGAAUUUGGAUAAAGAGAGUGAAUUUAUAAGACAAGUCCUUAAAAACCAGUCUCAGGAGGCAGCCCAGUUUGAUGUCCCAUCUCACAUAAGCAUUUCCAGUGUAGACAAGAAACAAAGAUCUCCAGCAAUUUUCUCUAUUCAGGGGGAUUUCAAACCUUCAAAGUCAGUACCACUUCUCAAAGGAGACAUAACAGACAAUAACAGAUGCUGCUCCUUUAGGUACUGUUUUUAUUAUAGAAAUUGUGACGUGGCUGAUGACAGCAGUGAUAAGGAUGAACUUUCAUAUUCAGUACCAAUGCAGCUUCUUCCAGAUCUGCGGACUGACAGUUCUGUGACACUCAGUGAAACAUUAGCUCAACCUUCUCAAAUGUCAGACAAAAAUGUUUCCAACAGCACUGGGGACAAUGCACAACCGGAGACAGUACUGAGUGAUGCUGAUAGUAACAUAAACAAAAUUAAUGCUUUGCGGAACAGAGCUUAUGUGUUACCUGCUGGUUUUAUUGAUGCCCAGGAAGAUACUAGUGAACUGCUAUCCAUCUUAAGGCAGUGUACAGUGAACCGUGGAAACUAUGGUCCUAAACUUUAUAUGUCUCACCUGGAUGAGUACAAGCAAAUGCUCACACAGAAGUUUAAAGAUUUGCGAACUGCAUGUAGGAGAGUUGCAGCAGUAGAUAAAAGUCCAACACGCAUGCUUGCAGCUAUCUCAACUAGCUUUCAAGUGCUGUGUGGUCUCAUUGAGACCUUUGUGCACUUGAUUUCCAUUGUGCGAUCGGAAAGGCAGUGCAGAGAGCUCCUCUCAAAAGUGGAGGAAGUUGUAGUAAACUACACAUUUUUACUCCGAGCAGCAGAGGAAUCGUCAAAUAAGACAGCUGCACAUAAUUUAACAAAGCAAUCAGCAUCGGUGACUACAGUGGUGAGCACAUUCACUCACUCAAUUAAAACAUUAAUGAACAAAUAACUUCAUAAAUCUAUGCACCCAUUGUUUGUGUACAAGUUACUAAAGCUGUCUAAAUACACUCCAGUGUUCUGUGCUUAGCAGUUAUUCAUGUGUCUAGUAUCUUACCACUUCCCUCUUGCUUUAUUCUCACAUUAUCUGUCUUUGUUACCUUGAAUGUAUGUGCUAAGUCUUUCUCCUAAACACACUUAACCUGUCUAUCCUAUUCUAUCUUACUACUUAGAGGCCAACUUUGUCUUUCAUUUUUAACCUGCAGUAAUUCAUCCCCAUUCUUAUGUCAAAGUUAUUGAUAAAUUCAGAUGUUUCAACAAAAGAAGGAAACCAUUCAGUUCCAGGCAUAAGUAGAGAGAAAGAUUGACAAAAGAGAGAAAAAAAAGUGACCAAGUGUAUAAGGGGGCUGUUGGCUGUUGCAGGGCUACAAAAGCCCAAAGGACUGCCUAAACCAGAGUGACUAAUCUAAAUAUUUUCAUUUCCUUGUAACUUGUGGUUUCUGACUUUAUUUCCAUUAUAAUUUACUUUAUUAUAAUAAACUAUGUGGAAUAAAAUGAUGCAUACAAGUUAGAAUGUUCACAUUCUACGUUGACACAUAGUUAAGAGAUUCUGUUGUUUGAAUAUUGAGGCUUUCAUGUGAAAAAUUUGCAGUUUGCUCAAGUCUUAUUAAGUAAAGGAUUACAGAAUUAUUUCCUCAUCAAAAUAAUGAGAAAUAUCUGAAGCAAUUUAUUUAAGAGAAUAUUGGGAAUUGAAAUGUUCUGUGCAUUUGUUUAAUUUCACGCAAUAUUUAGUAGUAGAAACUCAUAGGCCAAUUUUUUACCACAAUCACAUGAUAGAGCAAUGCAUAUUUCCUGAGGGUUUAAAUGACAUUGUUACAAUAUUUUGAAUGAAAAGUCAUAACUCAUUAUUAUUGAUUAAAGUUUGCAGUUUUAAUUACAAUUUUGAGAGCAUGAAUGUUCAACAGAAAAUAAAAGAAAGGCCAAAAUAAAAGCCAGAAUGAAGACAUUUGUUUUGGUCUCAAGCAAAGUCACUUCGUACAGGUUAUAGAAUAUUUUACAUGUACAAAAUUAAAGAAGUUAUGUCAAAAGAACUAAAAGUUACUAUGGUACCCUAUAGCCAAAACAGGAAUUGCUAUUAUUUUAGCUGAUUAGUUGCUACUAUGAAACUCUUUUUUUAAUCUGCUAAAGUGCUGGCACUUCUCCAUUGUUUAGUUGAUGCCAAAUAAACAUACAACUGAGCCAAGCAUAAUUUUGUUCCUGUCAGCAGAGCCAUUCGGUCGUUUUGUAUGAAAUUUUGAUAACUCAGAAUUCUUUCCAGUUCAUGAUCUGUGUCUUAAAUUCCAAUGAGCCUCUACUUUCACUCUACUGUACAUACAAAAGUAUGAAACUUCUCCCCAUUCAUUCCUCUUGUAUAGAAUUCAGUUAAGCUUCCAUUUUUGCACAAAAUGUCAUCAAUGAAUAUGUUUUAAAAAUGGUUAACCUAUGGUUCACUUGAUUAAUGAUAUAAAAAUUUGUCUUGCACAAGAACUGAAAAUAAGCAGGAUCCCACUAUUUGCCUGAUUAUAUGCAUGAGCAAGUUUUACCUCCAAUGUAGUCAAUGGAAUUAAAUGGCAAGUGAAACUUAAACAAACUGCCAACAUGAGUUGCCUGGUUUGUGCAAUUACCAAGAUGUGAAUUAACUCGAUUUUCUUGGCUUAAAACUUCUAAUGCACUUGGAGUAAGGUAGCUGUCAGUAACAAGAGGUGAGGCACAGACGAGGCUGGGGAUCUUUGAGUACUGAUUUCUGAAGCUGGAAACACUUCUUCAACUAUUUGUUCAUGCUGUUAUUUUGAUUACAAAAUCUACACUGAUAUUGUUGAAAUUCAGCGCCUCACAUGCCAACCACUGAAACUUUAUUUACAGUUAGGAUUCCUAAUGGUAUAAUCGUUAAUACCAUCGUGUAAGGGGAGGAGCAACAUUGCAUAAAUAAAGGAAAUUCAGACAUUCACUAUAAGAGAUAUCAUGGUGGACCCAUUGGAAUAUUAUAUGACCAAAACAGGGAUAUUAACUCCUUCCACGCAGCCCAGUGAAUGGGCAUUAAAAACUGCACCUGUGUGUUAGCAGCCAUCAUCGUGCAAGUAGAUUAUGCUGUCAUGAAUUGAUGUGAAAAGCUGUCAGGAACACUUGAAAGUGUACCAUAUCGUAAGGUAUAUGUAUGAAUCAAAAUGACAGCAAUAUAGUUGUGUGAAGUUGACAUAUUAAUAUUAAUCAUGAAAUAGGUUUAAAAGUAAAACAUGUUGGCAUGGAAUUUUAAUACCAAUACCUAGUAUAUGCAUUAAGCGAUCUUACUCAGUCAGGUCCCUUCAAAUUAUCUAUCCUCACCUCUACUUGUUUCCAUGUGAAACAGGUACUGUAGAAACAUAGAGUCUCACUGUCACUUCUUCCUAGACAUACAAGAGUGAAGCUCCUGCUCCUCAAAUGUGUCAAAUAUGACAAACUACCUCACAUCCACCUUUACUUUCAUUAUAAGCCUCAGAGGUGAGAGCUGUGCCACCUUACCUUUAUGGAAGCUCCAUUUAGUUGCAAUACAUUGAAAGUUCUGUCCUUAACUUUGCUACCAUAACCCUUCAUCUUUUGAAAACCUUUGAAAUGGCUGAACAAGUGCCAGAGGCUUCCAGCCUUCAAAGGGAUCCCACAAACAACUAUUCAUUUCUAAGGGAUUUGAUCAGUUUUAUUUUAAUUAACAGCUUUUUAACCACUGCCUGAUUACAGAAUUUCCUGUCUACUCCAUACAAAUUCACUACCUCUGCAAGGCACAAGUAGUGCAAAGUUUUAAUUAAAAAUAUUCAUGAGCUCAGAUUUUAAAAUAUACAUCUUCACACCGCAUAAACACCAUGCAGGAAAACCCCAUCUAUGAGAAACUAAAUGUAUCUGCACCAGGAACACAAUACAAUCUACUUAACAUUGGCUAGACCAAACACAGAUUGAUCACUUUGCAUUAUGCCUCCACUCUGUCCAUAGGAAUGACUUUGAUGAUCUGGUUGCUUGCCAUUUCAAUGCAUCACCUUGCUCCCUUGCUAACAUGUCCAUCCUGGGUGUGCUACAGCCUGCCUAUGAAGCUGAAGGCAAUCUGGAUGAACAACAUCUCAUUUUCUACUUAGGAACUUUACAGCCUCUAGAAUUCACUAUUGAAUUCCACAACUUCAUAAAAUGACUUCUGUACUCUAUUUCUUCUUACAUCCUCCUCUGACCACUGGCUGUAUCUUGUUGGCUUUGCUUUCAGCAGAAUGGACCAAUUCUCUCCUUUUCAUUUCAUUGAACAUUUGCAACUAGUUUAUACAUCUAUUACUUCUUUACUACUAUUAUCGCUAUGUCUUUUUCUUAGAGCACCCUCACAAUCUGUUUCACUAGCUCUUCUGUCACCAGCAUAUAAUUCCAUCUGCUUUCAGUUCCAAAAGAGUCAUAUUGGACUCAAAAUUAUAACUCUGUUUCUCUUUCCACAGGUGCUGUUAGACCUGCUAAGUUGCCAGUGCUUUCUGUUUUAAUUUCAUAUUUUCAGUAUCUGCAGUAUUUUACUUUUAUUUGACCUACCUCUGCUGCUAUGUUCCCAUGUUCAUAACAAAACGUAAUGAACCAAUAUACAGAAACAGGUUCCACAACAGUCAACCACUAAGCCAAAAAAUACACAACUCUGUUCGAAUUGUCAGACACUGAGUCAGGCAGAAGGGCAGGCAGAAGUUGAGUUUGAUGUAUGAAACAUGGCUUGGUAUCACAUUAAUCUAUUUCAAAGUACACUUAAUGAGCUCCCAAAGCAUUACAAAUGAGAACUAAAAACAAAUGUACUCUUCAAGUGAAGUUGAAUUAGGCACCAGAGAAUAACUGGCAAGGGCACGCUAAUCCAUGAUUUUUAAUUAUUAUUUACUGAAUCUAACUCAUUUAUGUGUAUGUGUUUCUAAAUAAAAACUUUAUUUGAUACCAUUUAGUUAAAUAGAUAUAAGGCAAUUUGGGAAGUGGAGAAGUGGAGCCAGAACAUAACUAUCUCUCUUCAAUACAUGCUGAGGAGGUGAGAGACACAAAACUAAGGCAUCACAUCACUACAAUCAAUAAGGAGAUUACAACAUUACAAGUUGACAUAAGAAGUUUCCAACAUUGAACCACAUAUCGAAAUAAAAGUGGAAAUUACUGAUGCAAAUACACGUUAGAACAUGAUUGUAUAUUAUGCAAAUGCAUGCAGUCAGAAAUAUUUUAAAGAUGUGUACAAAUGUUAUAAUUGACCAAGUUUCAUUGUAGUCGUGUUAAGAGAAGUAGAAUUCCAACAUAAUUAUCAAUGACUUUGUGAAAAGAGAAAUGUGCUGUCCCGUCAUUAGUGCACCAGCUUUUCAACUGGAUGAAGUCAACCAGACAGGGCGAGUUUGCCCUUUCUGUGGGAUGACUUAUGUUAUGUUUACCCGCAAAUUUCCCAAAUCUAUAAAGCUAGAGGUUUUGUUUGUAUUGUCGAUUGCAUAUGCUUUCAUCAUACAAAUCCCCACUUCUUUAAAUCCAGACCAUACAGUAUGACUGCAGGAACCUAAAUAACUAUAAUGUCCUGCCUUAAAAUCAGGGUGUUGCUUUGCAGAAUAAUCUACACUACAAACUUCAGCUAUCAGAUACAGUCACUUAUUCAGCAAGAGGGAUAAUUCCAAGAUAGUCAUUUGAAAACUGCUAGGAGAGAAUUACCAAUGCAGUCCAAUAAUAGAACAAAUGGUAAAACCUGCCAUAAAACGUAAAAAGGUUUAGUGUUAAAAAUCCAAGUUAUGAAGCAUCUCUUUAUUGAUUGUUCAAAAUCACAUCAAUUUUAUAAGAAAAAUCAAGCUAUUUAGCAUAAUGUGUCUUUUCCAAUGUUUACGGUCUAUCCACAUUACUGCAUUUGGCGCAGUAUAUUCAUUUAUUCCUUUUACCCCUCUGUACUUGUCUAAUUUUUCCUUAAAUGCAUCCAAGCUACUUGCCUCAACCAAUCCAAUGGUAGUGAAUUUCAUAUUCUCACCGCCCUCUAAGCAGAUUUGUGAAAUUAUGUAGUUGUCUUGAUGAAAAAUCAAAAUACAUUGACAUGUAAAGCUGUGAAGAGUUAAAAUGUGUUUCUUUUCAAUUAAAAUUUUAUAUAUUUUGUAAAUAUACACACUACUCAAUAAUAUAAAAAUGAAUACUCUUGAGCAAGCUGAUAUUAUCCAUGGUUUGGAAAGUUCUCUGUUUGGGCAUCCCUGCAAAUACUGGCACACACAUAGGAACUUUGUCCAAAGGGCAAUACCAGCGACUCGAAAUAAUGCAGAUCAGUUAGUGCACAAAACAGUUUAUUGUUUAAACUCGGCAGAGAGAGACAGACAGUCAAAAAAUAAGGUUAAACAUUUGUGACACCAGUGUUUUAAAAAUAUAACCUCAAUCCCUACCAAUAUUUAAAUAGGACAUAAAACAUAGAACAAAAACAAAGUUGCUGGAAAAGCUCAGCAGGUCUGGCAGCAUCUGCGAAGAAAAGAAGAGUUAACAUUUUGGGUCCAGUGUCCCUUCCUCAGAACCUGAGGAAUUUGAACCAGUGAUUUUGAAAAUUGUUUAUGGACUCUUGUGACAAAGUUCUUGCAGAGGGCUUGCUGCCACUGGCAAGUUUUAUCUUACAAUGGCUUUGCAAGCUUGUUUGUUUUCUAGUUAAUUGAUAAAAGCUUAUGGUACAACAAAGGAAAGCUCAAAAGUUAUACAGUAAUUCUAAAUAAAAAAUUACUCAAGGUAGUGGCCAGAAAUUCCACAUUUAAAUUUUAUAAGUUUUGAGGUUGCAGCAGGCAGGACAGAUUCAGGGAUUAAGGAGCCUAUACUAUUGAAGAAUAAAAGCCACCUAAAUUUAAACAGUGGUAAUGUAGGGACAAACAAGUGUGUUAAAUGGCAUUUCCGAAGCUGAGAAGUAAGGAAAUAAUUUAGAGCUAUAUUCACUAACAUGAGUAAAAUAAUGACACCAGGUACUCACAUACAUAGAUCACAAUUAGUACUAGCAUUCCUGACAUAUUCAAGUUUUUUAACGACAAUUUCAAGGGUUUGCAACUUACCACUGUCUUGAGGAAUCUUUGAUCCUUCUCAUACAAGAGUUUUAGAGCAUUCCUAACUAACAUCACAUUUAACAACAACCUAGUUACCAACCAAGCUAACUUGCACCAAUAUUUUAUAAGAUCAUUACCCAAUCCAAUAUCUAACAAGCCACAAUUAAACCGCUAUCUCUUUAGGAGAUUUAGAUAAACUAACAAACUUGUUACGAAUUUAAACUGUUCAAAAUGGUGCAUAAAUGACCACAGUUGACACUGGAUAAG